UAGUUGGCGCCCAUUUUGCGGCACCUGCAGUCCCACUCCAGGCGACCAAACUGAGGCAGAAAAGAUCAACGGUGGGAAGGCGGUUGGUCGUUUCAUGCUAGUCUCGUCGAUGAUGCGAAUGAGAAUUGACCCUUUGCAGGCCAUCCUCAUGCAUGUCUUUGUCACCUCUCGACUUGAGUAUUCCAAAGCAUCCUGGCUGGUCUUCCACAUUCUACCCUCCAUAAACCUGAGAUCUUCUGCUGCCCGGGUCCUUACUCAUACCAAAUCUAGUUCACCUAUCUGGAUUGGCUCCCUGGGCGUCGAUCUAUGUGCAGCAUCCAACCUGACCUGUCUUAGGCGUGUCUUGAAACAACUGAAAAUGACAAAAGAAAAUGUGACAGACGUUGUUUCGGAGGAGGAGCACCAAGAACCUCAGGAACAUCAGCCAGCAGAGUUCCAGAGCCCGGUCCUAGAGAGACGCAAGAAACCAGUUGUUUACCCCUCUGUCCCGGCACCACUGCCCAAGGAUUAUGCCUUCACGUUCUUUGACCCAAAUGACCCAGCCUGUCAAGAAAUCCUGUUGGACCCCCAGACGACCAUCCCUGAACUCUUCGCUAUCAUCAGGCAGUGGGUACCUCAAGUGCAGCAUAAGAUCGACACCAUCGGAAAUGAGAUUCUCAAGCGAGGUUGCCAUGUGAAUGACAGGGAUGGGCUGACAGAUAUGACCUUAUUGCACUAUGCAUGCAAGGCAGGAGCAAAUGGCGUCGGGGACCCUGUGGCUGCUGUGCGAUUGUGCAACCAGCUGAUUUCUUUGGGGGCCGAUGUAGGAAUUCGCAGUCGCUGGACCAACAUGAACGCCCUUCACUACGCUGCCUACUUUGAUGUACCGGAAAUAACUCGGAUCCUCCUGAAGGCUCACAAACCAAAAGUGCUGAACUCCACCUGCAGUGACUUCAACCAUGGGACAGCCCUACACAUAGCAGCUUCUAACCUGUGCCUGGGAGCUGUCAAGUGUCUCCUUGAGCACGGAGCAAAUCCAGCCGUCCGGAAUCGGAAAGGGCAGGUUCCUGCAGACGUUGUACCAGACCCAAUGGACAUGACACUGGACAAGGCCGAGGCUGCCAUGGUUGCCAAGGAGCUGAAGCAGCUGCUGCUCGAUGCAGUACCUCUGAGUUGUAACCUUCCCAAGGUCACCUUGCCGAACUAUGAUAAUAUCCCAGGCAACCUGAUGCUCACCUCACUGGGCCUCAAACUCGGGGACCGAGUCCUUGUGGAUGCAGAUAAGGUUGGAACACUUCGAUUCUGUGGCACCACUGAGUUUGCCAGCGGGCAGUGGGUUGGCGUCGAGCUGGAUGAGCCUGAAGGGAAGAAUGAUGGAAGUGUCGGAGGGAUAAGCUAUUUUAUUUGCCCUCCAAAACAUGGUUAUUUUUCUCCAGUGUCUAAAAUCAGUAAAAUUCUCGAUCAGACUCCUUCAUCUGUAACAUCGACACCCAAAACUCCCAGAAUGGACUUUGCACGAAUGACUGGCAAGACAAAGAAAGAUAAAAAAGCUAUGAGAAGGAAAUCCCUGUCCAUGGGAAGCCUUGAUCGAGAGGGCGUGAAGAUCGAGAUUGGAGACCAAGUGUUGGUGGCGGGUCAGAAACCGGGAAUAAUUCGGUAUUAUGGGAAAACCGAUUUUGCUCCAGGGUACUGGUACGGUAUCGAGCUGGACAAGGCAACUGGGAAACACGAUGGCUCAGUGUUUGGUGUCCGCUAUUACACCUGCUCUCCAAAGUAUGGGGUGUUUGCCCCUCCCUCCAGAGUGCAGAGGAUCGCUGGCCCGAAAGGUCCCCCAAGUGAUGGCACCACUGGCAAAAAAAUUCACCAAGUAACAAUGACUCAACCCAAGAGGAACUUAGCAGCUGUGAGGACUCCCAAAGACAUUGCAUCAGAGAGCUCCAUAUCUAGAUUACUCUUCUGUUGUUGGUUCCCCUGGAUGCUGAGAGCAGAAAUGCAGUCGUAAAAAAAAAAAAACCCUCCUCACCCUCCUCCUCGGACUCUUCUCUUCCUCCUCGACUCUUGUUCUUUAUUUGUGCUUUGGAGAAGGACUGCCGAUCACAAUCUUAGAUGCUAGUUCAGCCAGAUGCAGUCAUAGUUGAUUCUAGUGCCUUGUACCUUGACUAAAUAUCCCUGCAUUCCACAGUAGUUUAAGUAGAUAAAGUAACCUUUCCUUUGAUACUGACUGAAAGAUUAUAUAUAUAUAUAUAUAUAUAUGCAUAAUAUAUAUAUAUAAAUGAGCGUGAAGCUGGUUUGUGAUUCCUCUAUUAUUUGAAUGAUAAAAGCUGAGGGAGCAUUUACUGUCAAAAUUAUGGCCUGUACCAUAAAAUUGAGAAUAUGGGUACAAUCCCUAUUUUGCAGUGAAGCUUAUGUCCCAUUGGUAACUGUCAACUACUUUACUGUAUAUUAGAGUGUUAAGGAAUGUGAAAUGUAUUUGGGAUUUUAUGAGAUUAGUGAAACUCAAUAAGGGAGGAUGGAUUAUUGAGUGUUUCAGUUUAUGCCAGAUGGGAAUAAACAGAUAAAGUGCUGUUUAUUAGUUGAAGUAUAAACCAAAAAUAAAGUUCAGGAAAGGUUUAUGUAUGCACUGCUGCUUAGAAUGAUCUGAGAGACCCAAUGAAUUUUUAUAACAACUUGUCAA